UCCUUCCGAAGGAGCACCAUGGCGGACAUGUAUAUGCAACCUCAAAACAAACUCCUGCAAUUGUAUACUUAGCAAACCACCAAAAUCGUGCGACAGGCCUAGGCCACGUUCGCCCGAGUACACUGCAUCAUGGACGAGGAGAAUAAACUUCAGUUCCCGUCCCUUCCUUCGGCAAAGGAUAAUCUAUUGGACUGGGCGUAUCCAAUGAGAAGAGAAAUGCAGGAAAUUCUACCAGGCCUGUUUUUAGGUCCCUACUCAGCUGCAAUGAAAAGCAAGCUUUCCGUCCUUGAAAGACAGGGGAUAACCCACGUAGUGUGUGUCCGCCAGGAUAUCGAGGCCAAUUUUAUAAAGCCCAACUUCCCACAUAAAUUUAGAUACCUCGUUUUAGAUAUUGCCGACAAUCCUGUGGAAAACAUGAUUAGAUAUUUCCCUAUGACAAAAGAAUUUAUUGAUGGCUGUUUAGCCAGUGGAGGAAAGGUACUAGUUCAUGGAAACGCAGGGAUAUCAAGAAGCGCUGCCUUAGUUAUUGCAUACCUUAUGGAGACAUUUGGCAUAAAGUACAGGGAUGCUUUCAGCCACGUUCAGGAGAGGAGAUUCUGCAUCAACCCUAACGUGGGCUUUGUGCAUCAAUUACAGGAAUAUGAAGCGAUCUACUCUGCUAAACUAACCAUCAAGAUGAUGUCACCAAUACAGCUGGGCAGAUCGUUCUCCCUGCAUGCUGGAAUGCCAGGCAGCCUGAAACGAAGCCUGGAGGAAGACGAGGACUUCGGGGGAAUGCAGGUCACUGCUGCGCAGAACGGAUAGGCUUAUUAUGCAGAGAGCAGUGUCUUCGCAUACAGUGCAGUCUUUUUUAACAUUUUUAUUGGGAUUAAAAAUGUUAAUAUUUCAACUUUUCUAAAGGGUGGGGGUGGGGAAUUGGGUUAGCUUCCUGACGUCUGAGACCAAAGGGAGAGGGGUACAGUUUCAUAAGUGACUUAUUAUUAUUUGCUGUAUGCACUGAUGAGGUUUUUUGCAGUUUUAUAGUAUUUAAAGCAUUUUGCAUUUUCAGCGGGACAGUAUUGCAAUAAUGCACUUUUGAUACUUGAAUUAUUAUUUCUCGCCAGAAGGGGGCAGUUGGCGUAAGGGACAGUGAUAGAAAGUCAAUGCCUUAUGGGAGAGAUGGAGGCCCAUAUUUGGGAAUUGGGAAUGUUGGACAGAGAUCAGGCUUAAAAUGUGAUGGUAUUUAAAUGAAAUGGAGAGAAAAAAGCUUGCCAGAGAAUUACGACCCACUGCUCAAUAAACAGACGGCUAACAUG